GGCCAGCCCCUUCCCCAGGUAGCCCCCCAGUAUUUCUACCCUCGAGGCUCAGUUCAAGAAACCAUCAUCGCUACAAAACAUCAUCUAUCAAGAAGCCUUGUCCUGCACUCGCCAUUCAAGUUUCCGGUCCUCUUUAUCUAGCUCAUUCACCCUUUUCUAGCUCGUCCAGGCAGCUGUUUUCGAAAUGGCGCGUUUCUUGGUUUUCUCCAUCACUAUUCUCCUAGCCUGUUCGCUCGUCGUAGCUCACGACGAACGAGGCGGUGGCAGAGACGGCGGAAGGGGAGGCGGACGCUGGCGGCCGUCGCCAUUGGCGCGCUACGAGACCAACAUGCGGCCGUGCGUCGGCUGGGCUCCCAUUCGCGGAGCCGCGAUGAUCGAUGUCCUUACCACGCAAACCACGGGAACGAACGAGAUUCGCUACGGCCUCAUGGUUCAGGGUGUCGCCGCGCCUCCCGCGAAAAUGACCGUCUACUCCACCGACCCCUGCGACCCUCUGGUUACCUCUCCCAAGAAACUCGUCGAGCUUUCGGGAAAGUGGUACAACAUUUCGCCUAGACGUGGCCCUACGAGUUUCACCAUGAGUGGUUCGGUGCUGAGCAGUGCUCUUCCGGUCCAGACGACCUACUCUCGCGGAAGGGGUUACCAGGUUCCAGUUUUCAUCUCCUUCGCCAUAAAUUCGACGAUGAACAGCACUAUUGCUGGAAAGUUUCGACGUGACUAUUAGAUUGGGGGGUGGGGGGAUGCUAUGCGACUUCUAAAGCGUUCCCAUUCAGUGGGGAGUAGGGGGAGGGAAGGGGAGAAAGAGGAGUGGGCUAACGUGACCCGACCCGAGCCAUGCGGGGGCUAGGGUUACCAGACUUUGCAUGCAGCAAGACUUUUCGCGUGAAUGUCUUGAUGUGGAGUUAAUAACGGCUGGGCUGCUGCUGGCCGUAUUUAUUAUAUUAUUUUAUUCAG